CUUAUUUUACUUUCAGCUGUGAGUGUUGAAUUUAACCGGACCUUAACCAAUACCUCCUGCUCGCGGGGCACCGUCACGGAAAAAAUGGCAGUAAAGUAAACAGCCCACGAAAAAACAUAUAAAAGCUAUCAACAAACUAAAGGGAUCCAUAACUAUUAAGAGGAUAAGCUGAAAGAUUCCAGAACCGUAUAAAACCCAUCAAAGGCGAGGUUCAGGCGGUGCUGCAGAACCGCUGGAGACUUUCUAUCCAUUUUGCGGUAGGACGGCGAUAGAAUCCGGAUUGUUGGACAGAAAUUAAUGACACUUCUCGGGCCUAGCGCCCCUGGCAUGGCCUUUAUGAUGAAAAAGAAGAAGUACAAGUUCAAUGUUGAAGUGCAGCUGCAGGAUUUAGUCGAGGUGGCGCUGGUCAAUGAGGUCCUGUUUGCCAAGAUACGAUUGCUCGACGGAGGAUCCUUUCAGGAGUACAGUAGUCGCGAGGAGGUGCGCAACCAUCGAGUGGAAUGGAACCGCAGCUUUGAGUUUCCCUGCAAAAUGAGCGCGAAUGCGUCGACCGGCGUUCUAGAUCCCUGCCACCUGCGUAUUUCGAUACGCAAAGAAAUGAAGGGCGGACGAAGUUACUAUAAGCUGGGUUUUAUCGACCUCAAUCUUGCCGAAUUCGCCGGCGCCGGCCUCACUUCCCGUCGUUUUCUCCUAGAGGGCUAUGACUCGAGGCAUCGCCUGGACAACUCCAUGUUGCGAGUAAGCAUCAAGAUGCACAUGCUCAGCGGUGAUAUUCUCUUUAAGGCACCCACGCCAAACCUGAAGAGCAAGCAGAGCAAGCCUUCAAUGGACGAUCUGUCUAAUGCAGCCACUGGAGUGGGCUUACAAACUCCGACGGCCACCGCGAUGCCCAGCAUUGGCAGCGGGAGCGGUGGGUCGGCCAUACCCUUGGGCGGAAGUGGGGCCACCUUGGGCGGCGUUCCCAGCAAUCAGUCGCUGCCCGGAACGCGUCCAGUCUCCACCACAAAAGAGGAGGCAAUACUUGCAGAUAUCGAUAACCAGGCUUUAAUCGCAGCUAUUGUGACGGACUCCGGAUUGUCGGAGUCCUCCGAAUCGGGAGUAACGCUGACCACGGAUAACCUUCAGCAACAUGUCGCCGCUGCUUAUGCCAUUACUCCUGUGACCCAGCCGCUCCCGGGGCUGGGGAUCAUUGGCAGCAACAACUACGGAACCACAGGAAGUGGAGUCGGGUUUUCUGGAGGCGGCAACGCCACCCUUAUAGAAAUGGGACAUUCAAGAAAUUCCAGUAAUACUAGUCAAAUGUCAAAAGGUUCGGGUUAUAGUAGUUUUUCGCACAGUCAACAUUCAAGGCAAAGUUCCGAGGGUGACUCAGGACAUGCUAGUCGCUUUAGAAAAUCCGUUUCUUUACUUAAUAGACUCAAUCAAAAAGCAAUUAAUGCCAUGAAAUUGAAUAUACCUCACGGUCGACAUCACGGGCAAAAGGGUCAAGAGCAGCAGCCGCAACAACACCGCAGUGUACCCGUGGUCCACAAAAGCGAUCAUGUUCACACACACUUUACACUCAGCACCACAGUUGAAUAUGUAAGCGAGGAACAGCUCUACCAGACCCCAAACUCUACCAUGAGCACCUCUGAGACGUUGACCUUCGAGGAGUUCCGCACGCCGAUGGCAGAACUUGGUGCUCCCCUGUUCCAUCCACUGGCAGCUGGCGGUGGUGCUACGCCCAGCUCAACCUACCGCAGUGCCGGAUCUCCGUCCCAUGCCACGCAAUAUUACGACAGUGGAGAGGCGAGCGACACAGAUGAGUAUCCCAACGAGGAUUCGGCCGACAAUGACUCCGGGUUGGAGGAAAACUUCCAUACUCCUCGGGUGGCCAAGAUCAAGUCGAUGGAGAACUUGUCCAUUCUGGAGAUGGACUUUCACAAGGCCUCCAUGGAGCUGGAUCGUAACUCCCCGCGUCGCCUCAAGCAGCUGGCCGAACAUGCCCAGAUACCCAAGAUGAAAUCGCUGAACAAUCUCUGUUUCGACGAGUACGCUGAGCAGGCGGUUCGCGAAGAAUUUCAGCGCAUGCACGAACAGUCGCUGGAGGAGCGGAUCCGCUUUCAGCAGCACCACCAGUUGCGCAAGAACUCCACCACAUCGAACGGGUCGGCGGCGAAACUGUAUGUAAAGCAUUUGAGCCACCACCAGACCAAUCAUCACAUCAAAGUCGGCAACGCGAAAUUCAUCGGUCAGGAUGGCAACGAGAGUCCGCGAGAGUCACUGCAUUAUCCCAUUCAGAAGAUGCGAUCGAUGGGCACGAUACCCGAUAUUGUGAGCGAGCGCAUCGAGCCGGAUCCCUUUCUCACUCCAACCACCGAACGAAAACCGAAUUUUCCACGUCUUGUCCAGUCUGCCGAGAAGCCGAUGCUGGGCAGCAGCUAUGUGAAUCGCCUGCUCACCUACGACGUGGUGGACUCACCGGCGGAGUCGUUCAGCACCUCGGUAUCCUUCAUGUCGCGCACGCCCUUCCAGCGAGCAGCCUAUCGACGCAAUAUUCCGAAUGGAACCUCUUCGACACCCCUGGCCUCUCAGGAUUCCUUCGUCGUGCGGCCACAUUCCACAAAUGCUGCCUACGAGCUAAUGAGAAGCUUUAGUGGAGUUCCUCGUCGACUCUUUGACGGCAAUGGGACAACCAACAGCAGCAACAUGGGUGCAGUCAGCAGCAGCACCAACAAGCAGCAGCAGCAUGCGGGUGUCGCCUCAACUAAUUCUUAUAUUGUCGGAUCCAAUUCGUCGCCUUGCGGAACUCUGGCUAGUAUUCACUCAAACCAUUCGGCCUCCUCGUCGAAUGGCAGCAACAGCAGCAGCAGUGGAGCAGUCAUUACCUUCCAGUGUAAUUCGGGAAGUGGUCAGGACACAGUAGACGCAGCCACACAGCAAACGCAGCAACAGCAGAUGACAGUGGGAUCGCCCAAUGGCCAUGGGAGCAGUUCGCGGUUGGGCAAUGUCAUGUCCGGCGAUGCCCUCAGUUCAAUGGCCGCCAGUCCCACGGACGCCUGUAGCAUACGCUCCAAUCCAUCAGCCGCCUCGCUACUGCUCUCCACAUCGGCAGCUGCCGCCGAGGCAUCUGCACUGGCAUCGGCCACCACUAUGUCCGUUUCUGGGGCAACUCUUUCGCCGCUGGCCACCACCCAAAUCAUUCGCCGCCCUAGCAUCACAAUGAUGAAUCCCAGUUCCGGUUCGUUAGUUAUAAGUGAAACAGGAUCUCUAGAUCGGACGAAAAGCAGCGGUGAGAAGCGCAAAAAAGGUGCGCUCGAUGACGGCCCACGUGUGUCCGACCGAGUGGAGGAGACACGGGUCAAUCCAGACUCGUUAAUUGAUGAGAUUUUGAAGGACACAAAGUUGGAUCAGCUGGAAGAAUCCGCAGAAACCUCUGGUCUUCAGUUGUACAUCGCUCGCGACGGAACCGCCUCCCUGGGCGGACACGAGGUUAAGUCAAGCGUUCGAGCGGGUGCCCUAAAACAGGUUGUCAUGCAGGAUAGGAGAUAGUAGUGUACGGGACUCACAACUGUUUUUUAAAAUGAAUUAGAAGACUUACUGAUCGAGUAAAAAAACAGAAAGAGUAUCGAACUAAUCGAAAUAGUUUAGGCAAUGCAAACAUGUUUACUUGCAAACUAAAGUGAGAAUAAAAAUACGCUAUAUAUGAGUAUAUAAAUGUA